ACACACAGUCCCAUGGACGGGGCUACAGGUGUCCAGAGGUAAGAAGAGGUUAAUAGUGGGCGGGGCUGGAGGUGUCAGGUGUGUUGAGGAAUGUGGACAGGGAGAUGGGGAAGUUAAAAUUCACAAGGAAGUUCAGAGACUUUUCUAAUAAUGGCUUCAGAGGAUCCACCGGUAGAAACCUCCACCGAUACGCUGAUCCCCGUCCAAGAGAACCUGUCCUUCCAGAGCUUCCUCCGCAAGAGGAAGGACACCAUGAAAUUUAAUUGGGCGACAUAUUGGUUCAAACUUCAGAACACGACGCUUUACUUUUACACCAACAAGGACCAGCAGGAGACGUCUCUGCGCGGUCAGUACUACAUGUUCUCUGUGCAGUCAGUGAGAAGUCUGAGUGAUGCAGAUGGAGAUUUCACCUUUGAGAUUGUCAUGAAGAACGGCAAACGGAAAUUACUGAGCGCGGAGUCUGCAGAACUGCGAGAUGUGUGGGUGAGACUCCUGUGGAAAUCCAUGCAGCUGCCCGGACCCGGCCGAUACAAGUCCUCCUGUACCUGGUACGACAUCCCACAACUCAUCAAGAAGUUCAGCUUCUCCGCAGAUAAGCCUGUGGUGGUCGCCGAUGACGACAAGGUGACGGACGAUGGUCGGCCUGUGGUGGUCGCCGAUGACGACAAGGUGAAGGACGAUGGUCGGCCUGUGGUGGUCGCCGAUGACAACAAGGUGAAGGACGAUGGUCGGCCUGUGGUGGUCGCCGAUGACGACAAGGUGAAGGACGAUGGUCGGCCUGUGGUGGUCGCCGAUGACGACAAGGUGAAGGACGAUGGUCGGCCUGUGGUGGUCGCCGAUGACAAUAAGGUGAAGGACGAUGGUCGGCCUGUGGUGGUCGCCGAUGACGACAAGGUGAAGGACGAUGGUCGGCCUGUGGUGGUCUCCGAUGACAACAAGGUGAAGGACGAUGGUCGGCCAGUGGUGGUCGCCGAUGACGUCUCUGAAAAGCCCCCAGGAGCAGUGCAGACUGAUGGGAUUGACGAUGGCCGUCCUGAUGCUGCAAAUGUCCUUCAACAAUUCCUCUGCUCUGUGCAGCCGCUCUACUCUGGUGAGAACAGCGAUCAGAGUUCCGAUGAUGACGACAUCUAUGACGUUCCUCGCCCUCAGGCCAUGAACUUAACUGUUUAUUCCGGAGUGGUGCUGAAGGAGUCUACAGAAGUUCCGGACGUUUCCUCGCCCGCCUGCGUUCCGGAGAGUCCUGCAGAGGAGAGCUCCCCUGAUUGAGACUGACUUCUGGAGUCGCACAGCGAGCGACAACCCGAUGACCGAUAAACCGUCUUCUGUUUGGCUGAGAGAAGAUGAAUGAGGAUGACAAUGGGUGUCAAUGGUCCAAGAACUGUCCCGGACGAGCCCCCACCUGAUCACUUCCAGGUGCAGCUUUCUUUACACUCCCAAUCACCCCGCCCCCGACAUGGAAAAACAGACGAUCAUUCUUAUAUGAAGAACGUCCAGAAAUGUUCUCUUCUAGAUCAUCAUAUCGAUCCCCCCGGGUGCUGCAAGAAAGGUCCUCUCCCCUGUGACUGCACCUUCUCCACCAUACAAUCCCGCCAUUGUCCGAGCUCAGGGGUCCUCAUGUCAUAUAAUGCCCCCCAUUGUCCGAGCUCAGGGGUCCUCAUGUCGUAUAAUGCCCCCCAUUGUCCGAGCUCAGGGGUCCUCAUGUCGUAUAAUGCCCCCCAUUGUCCGAGCUCAGGGGUCCUCAUGUCGUAUAAUGCCCCCCAUUGUCCGAGCUUGGGGGUCCUCAUGUCAUAUAAUGCCCCCAUUGUCUGAGGAACUCGGGGGUCCUCAUGUCAUAUAAUGCCCCCCAUUGUCUGAGGAGUUUGGGGGUCCUCAUGUCAUAUAAUGCCCCCCAUUGUCUGAGGAGCUCGGGGGUCCUCAUGUCAUAAAAUGCCCCCUAUUGUCCAAGCUCAGGGGUCCUCAUGUCAUAUAAUGCCCCCCAUUGUCCAAGCUCGGGGGUCCUCAUGUCAUAUAAUGCCCCCCAUUGUCCGAGCUCAGGGGUCCUCAUGUCGUAUAAUGCCCCCCAUUGUCCGAGCUCAGGGGUCCUCAUGUCGUAUAAUGCCCCCCAUUGUCCGAGCUCAGGGGUCCUCAUGUCGUAUAAUGCCCCCCAUUGUCCGAGCUUGGGGGUCCUCAUGUCAUAUAAUGCCCCCAUUGUCUGAGGAACUCGGGGGUCCUCAUGUCAUAUAAUGCCCCCCAUUGUCUGAGGAGUUUGGGGGUCCUCAUGUCAUAUAAUGCCCCCCAUUGUCUGAGGAGCUCGGGGGUCCUCAUGUCAUAAAAUGCCCCCUAUUGUCCAAGCUCAGGGGUCCUCAUGUCAUAUAAUGCCCCCCAUUGUCCAAGCUCGGGGGUCCUCAUGUCAUAUAAUGCCCCCCAUUGUCCAAGCUCAGGGGUCCUCAUGUCAUAUAAUGCCCCCCAUUGUCUGAGCUCAUGGGUCCUUAUGUCAUAUAAUGCCCCCCAUUGUCCAAGCUCAGGGGUCCUCAUGUCAUAUAAUGCCCCCCAUUGUCCAAGCUCAGGGGUCCUCAUGUCAUAUAAUGCCCCCCAUUGUCCAAGCUCGGGGGUCCUCAUGUCAUAUAAUGCCCCCCAUUGUCCAAGCUCGGGGGUCCUCAUGUCAUAUAAUGCCCCCCAUUGUCCAAGCUCGGGGGUCCUCAUGUCAUAUAAUGCCCCCCAUUGUCCAAGCUCGGGGGUCCUCAUGUCAUAUAAUGCCCCCCAUUGUCCAAGCUCAGGGGUCCUCAUGUCAUAUAAUGCCCCCCAUUGUCCAAGCUCGGGGGUCCUCAUGUCAUAUAAUGCCCCCCAUUGUCCAAGCUCGGGGGUCCUCAUGUCAUAUAAUGCCCCCCAUUGUCCAAGCUCAGGGGUCCUCAUGUCAUAUAAUGCCCCCCAUUGUCCAAGCUCAGGGGUCCUCAUGUCAUAUAAUGCCCCCCAUUGUCCAAGCUCAGGGGUCCUCAUCUCAUAUAAUGCCCCCCAUUGUCCAAGCUUAGGGGUCCUCAUGUCAUAUAAUCCCCCCCCCCCCAUUGUCCGAGCU